AUUUAUUUACAUUCGUUGGAAAGGCAGACAAUGGCUGCAGAUCUGCAGCAUAGGCCCGGGAAUAGGACGUGAACUACUGAGCAGCCUCCUUCUUUCGAAUAUCCCACUAUGCCAACACCAGCAAGAGAAGGACAGGCGCACCGACGCGUGGUUCGUCGAGCGUCGUUGAUUUCGCGAAUAAAAGCAUAUCCUCUGGAUCUACUUCUUUACAUAAACGAGGAGCUGGGGACUUUAGAAUGGGACCGCUUGUCCGAGACAGUGGCGCUUCCGGCUGGUGUCGCUCUCGACGCAGUACUUUUUUUCAGUCAGCUGUUUGCCUCGGCUCUCAAUUCAUCUGCUGAUCUGAAGGGUGAAUUAUUUGCGGACGGGUCUGCUUUGAGGAAUAGUCAUCUUGCGGACGAGGUGCUGGCCGGGCGAAGUAGAUCAGGGGGAUUUACUCGCUGGAUGGCUGCUAUGUUCUCUGCUCUGUCGUUGGUCAUAUUAGCAGGCAGUUUUAUAAACGCGCUUUUCGUUUUUACUAGACGAAAAGAAUAUGCAUUUUUUGGCCGCUCCGCACAAGACAAGAAGAUGAACGACGCAUUUUACAGUCAAAAAUCAAUGCUGAGUCUGUCAGAGCAGUCUUCCCCUGCGUCGUCUCCUACCCCACAGUCUUCGAUUAGAAAAGCGGUAAAUCGGGCGUUCAGUCGAUUUGCGAUACCAGAGAUAUCAACUGAGGAGACUUGGGUUCUAAAGAUGUGGAACCCCGAUCAAUUCUGUCUGAAGAUGUUUGUCACUUUCUCUCCCCUCCACGCACUACUCCUCUUCUUUCGAUCGAACGGCAACCUGAUCCGCGACUGUCUGCUCUGCGUGUUUCUCUCGGUCCAAAUGUACAUCCUCGUCACGCUGUUCAGCCAGCAGGUACACGACAAGCAGAUGGUUUUUAGCGAGAUGUUUGAGGAGUACGAGCAGAAAGCUGUGAGACCCAAGCUCAGUAUCGUUCGGCGAGAAGUCGCCAUCGGCACCGACGGAAGCGUCGACUUUCAUGUUCCGCUUCCGAACCGGCACUUUGAAACGCACGACAUUCGGCCCUCGACGGCGCCUCCUUCGCCUUUGUUUGGUACGCCGUCUUCCCAGUCGCCGCUGUCGUUCUCCACGAGGGGAAUGCCAAGUGAUCCAUCUGGUUUCUCGAGCGCGAGGCCCAGUCCACGGCAAUCAAUGACGGGCGCUCGCUCAUCUUUUGGUAGUCCCGCUAUACCAAGCCACAUUAAUUCUGGCACAGGAACGUCAAGUCCUCUGUCACGAUCAGGCCUGACGCGCACAGCGUUUUCAAACUCAGCCAAGAACAGGCGAACAUAGGACAUUGCCCCAAUGACACAGCUUUAAAUCUCAACAGCAAGAUCAAAUUCAUCAACGACUGGUCAUUCAUAUGGCAUUGUAGACUUAUAUAUUUUUGUAUAGACUGAAUCAUUACUGGAGGCCCAAGAUCAAGAGUUAGGAUAUAGUAUAUAGGCGGCUGGAGAUGACAGCCGCACCACCAGCGGCAAAUAGGUGCGGGCGGUGUAUCGACUUUGGCUAGGAGGAGCAGGACCUCAUGACUACAGGAAAUGAUUAGUUGCUACUGGACAGCUCAGAACACUAUUGUGCUGUGCGUUGUUUAUGGAUUAUCUCGAAGU